UGUAACUGCAAACUGCAAACAAACUCUCUCUCUCUCUCUAAGAAACAGACUUUAUUUAAAGAUCAUUGUUUAUUAAUCUCUUGGGGUGUAAACUCAGCUGCUACACUGGCUCUACCUACUCUGGAAGCCCUAACCAUGCUCAAUUACUGGCGCACAACCGGCGCCGCCAAUGCUGGAAAUUCACGCCCCACCUCUCCCCUCUUCCUCCCCGCCGCCAGCCCCUUCUCCGACUACGGCUUCGACGGCCCAUUCUUCGACCUCGAAUUCACCCUCUCCAAUCACAUCGACCACCACGCAUCUCCGAAUUCCGGCGACUCGUCGGAAUACGAACAAGACAUGAGAGAAAUCGAGCUCAACCUGGACGCCAUCAAUCAAACUUACAAGCCGCGGUCGAGCAUCGAAUCGAAUCACUCAGAAGGAAAUCCCAAAUUCCCCCUUUCGUUUGUGAAAACGGCGGGAAAAUUCGGAGUCCUCUUCGGAAAACCUAAUUCCUCAAAUGAGAAAACCGAAAAACCGAAGAAGGAGCUUCUUCGGGUUAAAUUCAAAGUGGAUGAAGUGAAAGGACCGCUGAUUUCUCUGUUUGCGAGAGAUUGUAGCAUCUCGGAAGAUCCAGAUUCGGACAAGUUGGGGAAAGAAAUCCUGCACAAGUACUUGAAUAUUCUCAAGCCUUUGUACGUCCGUGUUGAGAAGAUGAAGUUUUCCGGCGCAGCCUCUCCUCCGCCGGAGAUGGCCAAAUCGGGGUUCCGGAGCAAUAGUAAUCUGCAGGCGGGGAUUAAAGUAGUGCGUAAGCAUUUGGGGAAGAGCCGCUCAACUUCGGUGUCGCCGCCGGGAAACCGCCGUGACGACUCGCUGUUGGAGGUGCAGGAUGGGAUUCAAGGCGCUAUUUUGCAUUGCAAGAGAUCAUUCCAUUCAGAUAGUGAAAGAGAAUUGUCCCGGUCGGUGAGUGAUGCAUGAGAAGUCUGUGAUUUCUAGUUUAUGUUCCGGGAAAGUUGUAUAGCCAUGGAUCAUCUUCCUUACGACAGAUGGACUAUAAUUUGUAACUCGUACGUAUAUUGUAAAAUCAAAAAUCAAUGAAAAUAUUCAGUGUUGAUUUGAGAAAA